UCUCUCACUCGCUCUCUCCGCAUUUUCUUGCUGGUCUGCGUGGGCAUCCUUCCAACCUCCCACCACCUUAUCAUAGCUCUCCCCGCCACUUAUCAGGGCCACCCCCCCCGUCAGUUUCAGACAGAAGAAAAUCACGCCCCCGACAUUCGUUACGAGCUAAUCUGUUCACCCCUAUUUUUCUUCACACCUCACGAAGAAUUUUAGACGGAAUCUGUACAUGACUCUCACAUAGAGGCCUGCCCUCUUUCUUCCCCUCCCCCCUCCCCUUCGUCUGUUGUUGGCACAAUCGCCCCGAGGGCAACAACAUGAAGUGGGCAUCUACUGGCUCUUUGCUGGCACUGCUCGCUUCGCGGGCAGUGGCCUGGCCUUGGAAUGAGUCGUACGCCGCCUACAACUUCAAUCAGAACAAAACUGCAACCAACCCUCUUGACUACUGGGGUGAAUGGCCGGACCACACCGGCAAAUACUUUCCGUCGCCGGACAAUUGGCGGUUUCCGGUCUACACGCUGUUCCUCGAUCGGUUUGUGAACGGAGAUCCGACUAACGACAACAUUAACGGUACACUAUUCGAACAUGAUAUCGCAUCGACGCAGAUGCGUCACGGAGGCGAUGUGGCGGGUCUGCUGGACACUCUGGAUUACUUGCAGGGCAUGGGAGUUAAGGGUCUCUAUCUGGCGGGAACGGUGUUGAUGAAUCAGCCCUGGGGGUUUGAUGGCUAUUCGGCAUUGGACACGACCUUGUUGGACCAGCACUACGGAGACCUGGAGAUUUGGCGCAAUGCCAUCACGGAAAUCCACAAGCGUGGGAUGUACGUGAUUUUCGACAACACGAUUGCAACGAUGGGAGAUUUGAUCGGAUUUCAGGGUUACCUUAACACGACGACUCCGUUUUCGGUCAAGGAACAUCCCGCCCAGUGGAAGACCGAUCGGCGGUAUGUGGAUUUUCACAUUGGCAAUGACUACAACGCGACGUGCGACUAUCCACGGUUCUGGUUCGAAGACGGAUAUCCCGUCCAGAAAACGGUGACCGACCAGCUGGUGGGCUGUUACAACAGUGACUUCGACCAGUAUGGUGAUGUGGAAGCGUUCGGUGUAUUUCCGGAUUGGGAACGUCAGUUAGCCAAAUUCGCAUCGGUGCAGGAUCGUUUGCGGGAAUGGAAUCCCUCCGUGCGCGAACGGCUGAUCCGUCACACGUGUAUGAUCAUCUACCAGCUGGAUAUCGAUGGUAUCCGGUACGAUAAGGCCACGCAAUCGACGGUGGAUGCCUUGGGCGAGAUGUCGGCGGCGUAUCGUGAAUGCGCCCGGGCCGUGGGCAAAGAGAACUUCUUCAUCUCGGGUGAAAUUACGGGUGGAAAUACCUUCGGCGCGAUUUACUUGGGCCGAGGUCGGCAACCCGAUCAAGUCCCCGACGAUGCUGCCGUUGCCAUGAAGCUCACCAACGAGUCCGAACCCCAGUAUUUCCUGCGUGAAGCGGGGCAGAAUGCCAUCGAUGGAGCUGCCUUCCACUACUCCAUCUAUCGGUCCCUCACUCGUUUCCUGGGUAUGGACGGUAACUUGGCUGCUGGUUAUGAUGUCCCCGCCGAUUUUGUCACCGCCUGGAAUAUGAUGGUGCAAACCAAUGAUUUGGUCAAUCCCAAUACUGGUAAAUUCGAUCCUCGUCACAUGUUCGGAGCCACCAACCAGGAUGUUUUCCGCUGGCCGACCGUGAAGGAUGGCGUCCAGAGACAGCUGUUGGGUCAGUAUAUCACGACUCUGCUGUUGCCCGGUAUCCCUCUCCUGCUCUGGGGUGAGGAACAGGCCUUCUAUGUCCUCGAUGCGACUGCUUCCAACUAUAUCUACGGUCGUCAGGCCAUGUCAGCCGCCACCGCCUGGCGCGACCAUGGAUGUUUCUCGCUGGAUUCCUCGCAAUACUAUAACUGGCCCAUCGAGGCCGGUCGGAACGGUUGCCAUGAUCCCACCGUCACCUACGACCACCGUGAUCCCUCGCACCCGGUGCGCAACAUCAUCAAGCACAUGUAUGCGCUGCGCGAGGCCUAUCCCGUGCUGAAUGACGGCUAUUCGGUCGUCGCCCUCUCCAACCAAACCGAACAGGUCUUUUACCGGGGUUCGAACGGCACCGCCACCGAGACCGGUAUCUGGUCGGUCAUGCGUGACAUCAACGCGGAGGUGCAGGACUUGGGAUCGAAGGCGGCCAACCAGUCGGUCUGGUUGGUGUAUCACAACGUGAACCGCACCAUUGACUACACCUUCGACUGCACCGACGUCAACAAGUCUCUCAUCGCCCCGUAUGACACUGGCAGCACGGUCAAGAACUUGUUCUAUCCCUAUGACGAGCAAAAGUUGAUCGACAGCCCGAAGAAAUUGGGCUACGGUGGUUCCACCAAGUCCAACGGCUGCUUGCCCAAAAUGACUCUGGACGCCUAUGCCUACCGGGCGUACGUGCCUCUCUCGGCCUGGGUCAAGCCCCGGCCGAUGAUCACGGGCUUCACUCCCGGGCACGAUGUGCCGGUGGCAUCCACUGUCCGCCCCAACGAGCAAGAAGACGUCAAGAUUGCCCUGUACUUCAACGACGUCAUGGACUGCACUUCCAUCACCGACUCGAUCUCCUUCAACUCCUCGACGGAGAGCGGCAAAGUGCCGGUCUUGGACAAGAACAGUGUCAGCUGCUCCAACACCACCCGCAACGAGACCGCCUCCGCCUGGAGUGGAUACAUUCCCACGACGUUCAAGUGGGAGGCCACUCUGACUGGGGUCUACAACGGUAUCCAUCGCCUGACGGUGAACAAUGUCAGCGUGUUGAACGGCAAUGAGACCACCAACUCCGUCGACCACUUCCUCAUGCGUAUCGGCCAAGUCGACAACCCCAUGAUCCACACCUCGGCCAACUACUCGACCAGUCUGUUCCAUAAAUACGACAAUGGCACGUUCUAUAUUCAACACCACGCUGCGGGAGCGGACAAGUAUCGGUACUCGACCAACUGGGGUACCACCUUUUCCGACUGGUUGCCGUACACGGGUGGUAACGACACCAUCACCGAAUCGCCCUGGUCAGGCACCAAGCGUCAGUCCUGGAAGGGUCACCACGUUCGCAUCGAGUACUGGAGCCGCUGGACCGGUAGUAGUGACUAUGUUCAGGAAGGCGAUGCGGACUGGGAUCACAUGGUACCUCGGCGCUUUCCUCACAUUUUCUGGAACGGCCCGUACAACGAGUAUGGAUACGACUCAGGUUUGGACAACGUCGUCAGCCAGGAUAUGGGCUCCGGACUCUGGAAAUAUCACUUCACGUCUGAGUGGCCGGCGGUGGCUCAACUGAACGUCUGGGGAAUAAAUCCCGACGGUCAACCGGAUCAAAGCUGGGUGUUGGGUGACGCGGACAAUGACUCGGUCCUCGACCGCAUGCCCCCUUCCUCGCUCUCGGCCACGCUGAUCAACAUCACCAACCACCCCCCCGCAGGGUACAUCUCCUGGAACGUGAUCAUUGACGAUGCCACGAUGCGCUUCCGUCUCUACCCGGUCGGUAAACAAGCCACGCAGAUCGCCAUGUUCGUGCUCUUCUGGAUCAUCCCCCCCAUUAGCGGCGCCGCCUGCGUCUGGGUGUUCAUGAAGUCCUUCUACAAGGUCAAGUUCAACCAGGUCGGUGUGACUGAAAAGCACAACAUGAUCCCCUUGGCCAUCCGCCGCAAGUUCAAGAAGCGCCCUCGCGCGCCCGAGGAGAAGGAGGCGGGCGCCUUGGCGCGUCUGGCCAACAAGUCGGGCUUGUUGCAGACCAACACCCCCAUCGACGGGGCGGUGGCCGGCAAGCGUCGCAUGGUCCUCAUCGCCACCAUGGAAUACGACAUCGAAGACUGGCAGAUCAAGAUCAAAAUCGGUGGUCUGGGUGUCAUGGCUCAGUUGAUGGGCAAGACGCUCGGUCACCAGGACCUCAUUUGGGUGGUUCCUUGCGUCGGUGGUGUCGAUUAUCCGGUCGAUACCCCUGCGGAGCCCAUGAACGUCACUAUUCUGGGUAACUCGUACGAGGUGCAAGUGCAGUAUCACACUCUUAACAACAUCACCUACGUGUUGCUCGAUGCCCCUGUCUUCCGCCAGCAAUCCAAGUCCGAGCCCUAUCCCGCGCGUAUGGAUGACCUUAACAGUGCUAUUUAUUACUCUGCUUGGAAUCAGUGUAUCGCCCAGGCUUGCAAGCGGUUCCCGAUUGAUCUCUACCACAUUAACGAUUACCACGGUUCCUUGGCUCCUCUGUACCUUCUGCCCGAGACUAUUCCUGCGUGUCUUUCCCUCCACAACGCUGAGUUCCAAGGUCUGUGGCCUCUGCGGACCACUAUUGAACGUGAGGAAGUGUGCAAGGUCUUUAACUUGAGUCUCGAUGUCGUCCGCCACUACGUCCAGUUCGGUGAAGUGUUCAACUUGCUGCAUUCCGGUGCUAGCUACUUGCGCGUUCACCAGCAGGGUUUCGGUGCCGUCGGUGUCUCAAAGAAGUACGGUAAGCGGUCCUAUGCGCGUUACCCCAUUUUCUGGGGUCUCCGCAAGGUCGGCAACCUCCCCAACCCGGAUCCUUCGGAUGUUGGCGAAUGGAGCACGGAGCAGGCCAAGGCCAUGAGCGGCGAUAUCGCAGUCGACCCGUCCUACGAAGCUGGCCGUGGAGAUCUUAAGCGCCAGGCUCAGGAGUGGGCUGGUCUCACUGUGAACCCGGAUGCUGAUCUGCUGGUUUUCGUCGGUCGGUGGUCGAUGCAGAAGGGUGUCGAUCUGAUUGCCGAUGUCAUGCCUGGUGUUUUGGAGGCCCAUCCCAACGUACAGGUGAUUUGUGUUGGUCCUGUGAUUGAUUUGUACGGAAAGUUUGCCGCUCUCAAGCUUGACCAUAUGAUGAAGAUCUAUCCCGGCCGUGUCUUCUCCCGCCCCGAAUUCACCAGUCUGCCGCCGUAUAUCUUCUCCGGAGCCGAAUUCGCCCUGAUUCCCUCUCGUGACGAACCCUUCGGUCUGGUGGCCGUCGAGUUCGGUCGUAAGGGUGCUUUGGGUAUCGGUGCCCGUGUCGGUGGUCUGGGCCAGAUGCCUGGUUGGUGGUACAACGUCGAGUCUACAUCCACUUACCACUUGCUUCACCAGUUCAAGCUGGCCAUUGACGCCGCCCUGAACUCGAAGCAGGAGACGCGUGCCAUGAUGCGCGCUCGGUCCGCUAAGCAGCGUUUCCCCGUGGCCCAGUGGGUGGAAGACUUGGAGAUCCUGCAAACGACGGCUAUUCAGGUCCACAACAAGGAGAGGAGCAAGACCAAUGGUCGCCCCGUGACCCCCUCGGCCAGCAACUUCGCUCUGGCUCCGCCCCCAGCCAGCCCUAUGUUGGCCCCUGGCAUGCAGACUCCUACCACUCAGUCCCGGGAGAGCAGCUAUGCCAACCUCAACCGGCUCAGUGAGUAUGUCGCCACCUCCGAGAACACCGAAAAGCCCGCCUCUGGUCUGCAGCGUAAGCUGUCCCUGGGUUACCGCUCUGGUCCCGGUCAUCGGCCGCGGGCUCAGCGUGCCGAUCCCCAGACCGAGAAUAUCGCCGAGGCGGAGGAAGCAGGAGACGAGACCGAUAUCGAGCAUGAUCCUCAGGACGACUUUGGUGACGAUGAGUACACUCUCAACCACGCUGAACUGGAGGAAGCACGCCGCCUGCAGGCUGCUCGUCAAACCGGGGCUCUGGUUCCCGCCAGCCCUGGCUUCCCCCACAACAGUUUGGUCCCCUCCAGCCCUGGCACGCCGCCGACUGCCUCUCAGACUUUGCUGCCUCCCCCGUCUUUCAACGAGGCCAGCAACCGUUUGAGUAGCGCCUCUCUGCUCUCCCUCGACUCCGUCGUCGGUGGCAAGAAGGACUUCAAGCUGCAGAAGGUCGAUCCGUUCUUCACUGAUAGCACCGGCGAGUACUACAACUCGUUCGACAAGAAGCUCGAGGACCUGAACGGCGAGAAUUCGGAAUCGCAGUUCUGUAUUGAGGAGUAUCUCAUUCAGAGUGAAAAGGAAUGGUUCGACCGCUUCCGCGAUGCCAAACUGGGUCGCUUCAAGUCGCCCACCCCGUCCAUCUUCCGCGACAAGCACGGCGCCUCCCCCAUGGGCUCGUACAACGACGAAACUGGCUCGCGCAUGAGUGCCAGCAGCAAUGAAGACUCCCACGAGACCGACGAUGAGUUCUUGCUCGGCAAGGACUACGUGCCACCCACUGGAUUGAGACGGUGGAUGCAGAUCCGCAUUGGUGACUGGCCCAUCUAUUCAAUCUUCCUGUCUAUCGGUCAGAUCAUUGCCGCCAACUCGUACCAGGUCACCCUGUUGACGGGCGAGGUGGGUCAGACUGCCGAGAAGCUGUACGGAAUCGCUACGACCUACUUGAUCUCCUCGAUCUGCUGGUGGCUGAUUUACCGCUACUUCAAGUCCGUCGUCUGUCUCUCUGCCCCUUGGUUCUUCUAUGGUCUUGCGUUCCUGCUUAUCGGGUCCGCCCACUGGGACAGCAACGAGUUCAACCGUGGCUGGAUUCAGAACGUCGGUAGCGCGGCCUAUGCGGUUGGAUCGUCGAGUGGCUCUCUCUUCUUCGCCUUGAACUUCGGUGACGAAGGAGGAGCGCCGGUCGAAGUCUGGAUCUUCCGGGCUUGCUUGAUUCAGGGCAUUCAAUCCGCCUACGUGAUCGCUCUCUGGUACUGGGGAUCGACCCUGACCAAGGCGUCCAGCGCCGGCCUCCUGACCAGCACCAACAACAUCGCCAACUCGUGGAAGAUGACCGCCAUCUGUUACCCGAUUGCCAUUGUCCUGUGGGCGGUGGGCGUCUUCUUGUACCUCGGACUGCCCAACUACUACAACCAAGUCCCUGGUAAGGUCGCCUCGUUCUACAAGUCGGUCUUCCGCCGGAAGAUUGUGCUCUGGAACUUUGUCGUCGUUAUCCUGCAGAACUUCUUCCUGAGUGCCCCGUACGGUCGCAAUUGGGGCUUCCUGUGGGGAUCGGCCCACGCCCACGGCUGGCAGAUCGUUAUCCUCUGCAUUGUCUUCUACGGCAUCAUCUGGGCAGCUUUCUUGUUCGUGGUCAGCCGCUAUUUCAAGGCACACAGCUGGUUCCUGCCGGUGUUUGCUUGUGGAUUGGGUGCUCCUCGUUGGGCGCAGAUCUGGUGGGGAGUGUCCGGUAUCGGCUACUUCCUGCCCUGGGUGACUGGUGGUUAUACCGGGGGUGCUCUUGUCUCUCGCAGUGUCUGGCUGUGGCUGGGUGUCCUGGACUCGAUCCAGGGUCUGGGCUUCGGUAUCAUUCUGUUGCAGACGCUCACCCGGUCGCACAUGCUGUUCACCCUGAUCUGCUCGCAAGUGCUGGGUUCCAUUGCGACCAUCUGCGCGCGUGCCUUCGGCCCUAACAACGUCGGUCCUGGUCCCAUCUCGCCCGAUCCAACCUUCGGUGCCAGUGCUGUGGCCAACGCCUGGUUCUGGGUUGCUUUGUUCUGUCAGCUUCUGAUCUGCGCCGGUUUCUUGCUCUUCUUCCGCAAGGAACAGCUGGCCAAGCCUUAAUUUUCUUUUCUGUUAUUCCCUCCUGACGACAUGCCUCCUAUCUGUUGACGCCAUGACGUCGCGAAUCCGAUCCCUCCAUGUACAUCUAAUGAUCUGUAUAGACGUUUUAGCCUAUCGGCUGACAUAUA